AGCAAUAUCGAUCUUGUAUGUGCGAGCUGACCAGACCUUGGGUGGUGCCCGUCACAGUAUAUUGCUACCCUCUUCUGCAAGAAGGGUCUUGCUUUUGCUCUUGCUCUUGUUCUUGGACCUGUCUUGCAUACGGAUACGAAUUCUUGCUCCUGCAUACGUUAUGGACCCCGGUACCAACCAGCAUCUUACAGAAAGGGUGGCAGCCUUGGAAAAUCAGGUCGCCGUUCUUCAACAACAACUCGUGGGACGUCCCAAAGCCCGUCUCCCAGAUCCUGAAAAGCUCAGCGGAGCAACGAGAUACGAUACUUGGCUUCCGCUGAUCAAGGCCAAGCUCCGGAUCGACGCCGACGCCAUCGGUACUGAUGAGGCACAAUUCUUCUACCUCUACGGACACCCUAAAAAAAAAUAAACGAAGACUGAUAGUUAACUAACUUACAGGAGAGAAAGAGAAGAAUAAAAAAGAAUAAAAUAAAUUGAAUUAAUUAAGGAAAGGAAAAGGGGG